AGCUUCACUCCCUGUUUUUUCACACCUCUGUGUCGCCUUUGCAAUGAGGGGACAAAAAGAUGCUCUCUUGCCCUUACGGGAUUGACAUAUCUCAGGCUAAAAGCUUUCAAAUAUUGUUCAGCUUAAGGAUAUUGUGUGAGGGGAUUGACUUACGAAACACGCCCCCCCCCGCGUGCGAGGGGUUGUUUUGGGGACUGGUGUGUUAUGGGGGGGUGCAUGUGUGUUUUUUUCUGGGAGUCAAAACCUGGUCGUGUGGGCGGGAAGUGCAUGUACGCAGUGACACGGGCGAUGCUGCUGUCGUGACGUGACGUCAGGUUUCUUCGGGAGGACAUUAUGAAUAAGAACUAGCGUUGCGCUAAUCCAUCCGCGAACGUGUAGACUUGACGUGUCAGAGCUGCACUUGGAAGAAAUCGGCGUGGAAAAGAAAUGGUAUACACUGCACGCUGGCGUGCACGCACUAACAGAUACCAGCCCUUGUGUCCUGCAGCUUCACAGCUUCACAGGCGACCGAGUUUUAAUCCUUUGCCUGCGUUGUACAAGUCCCAGGCUUGCGGAGUAAAUCCUGCAGCCGUUGCCUUGUCAUUUCUUCCGGUGGAGGUUUCCUCGCUACUCUGCUCUGCAUCUGUAUAAAACUAAUUGCCGAUUCUUGGAGGGAGCAGACUUCUCUAGCUGUGCCCGACCAGGCGAACGCCAGCCGUGCGUAGCGACAAUUCUGUGGCGUCUCGGGGAUGGUGGAGAUGUAUCUUGUCACGAGGGUUCUUUCAAAUCGAAUCAUGAAAGUAUAGUUUGAUUCAAUCACCAUCAGAUGUCGCACGCGAGAAUUAAAACUGCCUAUUUUCUGGAUUGAUUGGAUAAUAUUCUGUGUAAAUUUUAGGGAAUAAAUUGAUAUUUAGAAAACCAAGGCUGAGCACAUUAAACGGAGAUGAUUUGGGCACUUGGGACUGUAUUUAUUGCUUGGAUUGUGUGCACGAUUUGCACUCUCCGUGUCAUCCCAGUUGAGGCUUGCGUCAUGAUGAACGGAGACUGGAGACCCAAAUCGCUCGAGAACCGCACCGUCCUAGCCCCGGUGGUGAUCUCCGGCACGGUGCUGAGACUGCGGGACCACGCCCUGACACCGCCCGGCGGCAGCGGUGUCUACUCGGCCGAGGUCGCCGUCAACGAGGUCUACAAGGGCUACCCGUACUUCCAUAAAGUCUCCUCUCUGACUGGCGAGGAGGCAGACGGGCCCGCGAAGGUGUACCUGAUCGAGGGCUUCGGGUCACGGGACAGAUGCCGUGCCGAGGUGCAGCCCAACGAGAAGUACAUCAUGUUUUUGACCGCUGUCCCCAUGACGAGCGGGCGAGAGACAGACGGUAUGAGAUUGAUUGCAAGGUACGAUGACAUCUUCGGAGCGGCCGUGGAAUUUGACGACGAACAAGAGAAAAAGGUGCAUAGAGUUGUUGGAUGGCGAGACUGGGCGUCUUGGACGCCUUGCCCGGUCACCUGCGGGGAUGGCGUACAGCUUAGGCGCCGUAUGUGCGUGCAAGACGUGCCAGACGCCUGCGAAGGCGCAGCAGAGCAGAGACGGCAUUGUAACAGCUUCAAAUGCCAAGAUGUGAAAGAUCUUCUGCAGUUAAUGUCCCUAUCGACUUUUCCACCCGGUGUGCGAAGGUCUCCCCGAAGGAGGGCGUACCACAUCUCCUCCAAUGCCAUCUUGAAGCUGCCUAUCUCGACUGUCUACCCCGAAGGUUUCCCGGAGGAGUUCUCCAUCCUCCUGGUGGUCAAGCCUCCGCGGUACUUCUCUAGCCAGCAGAACGGUUACCUGUACGCUAUGCUGGUGAUGGGGCCAGACGGCGGGGUACAGCUCGGCGUGCAGCUCAGCUCCUCCCCGGCCCUGGUCUACAGCCGGCGCGACCAGGCCACCGGAAAGGUCCGGCCCGACGCCGUCAGUUUCGGGGAGUACACGGUGCUGAAGAGGAAGUGGAACGUGCUAGCAUUUAGCGUGAGAAAGAAGUCCGUUACCUUGUACGCCGAUUGCACCAAGGAGUACCAGGUGGACUUGAAGGAGGAAGGGGGCGGGAUCCGAGUCCAAUCCGGAUCGGGGGAUAUCGCGAUCGGGAAUCCAAAGCCGAAUAUGAUUGACAUGUACUUUGAGGGAGAUCUUGAGCAGCUGGCUAUUAUUGCCGAUCCGGAUGCAGCAGCUUUACAGUGUUCGGCCCCAGUGGGAACGUUCCUGGCAGAAUCUGUUUGGCCCUCCGUGAACAUAACUGGCGAUCUCCACGGAGGUAUGGACACUCCACUUGUGAUCCCGAUUCCUGGCGCACUGCCAAAGCCAGAUCCUCCAAUCACAAGAAAGGAUCCAACCACCACGCCCAUCCUUCACCAAGAUAUCGUUGAAUCCACCAAUCAAGGCGCACCUGACGUCGAACUGGCCCCAGAACAUGAGUUGAUUCCACCCAUCACCCCAGGAUUGUCCGAUGGUCAGACGAGCACAGCAGCACCGUUGUACAACGAAAAUAAUUUUGACUUCGUUGUCGAAAUUUUCGAAAAUUCGCUGGCCAAUUACGGCGGCGAUCCGUCGAGCCCGAUAGAGGAAGAGCCGAUAGAUAUUAAAUUUGACAGCGGAAAUGACAUUUUGCCCAUGCCAGAGAGGGACACGGGCUCAUUCCCGUCAACUACACCUGAAAGUAACACUGAACAUGAAACCAAGAGAUCUUACGAUGAGGAGUCACCCGGACAUAUUGUCACUGAGAAAGAAUUUUUAGAAACAACAACCACGUUGACUGAUCUGAAAACAGUUGAAUCGACUACACACAUCAUAAAAACAACGACUACAACAACAGAACCCACGUCAGUUCUCAGGACUACACCUGUGGCAAUACCAGUACCCACCACAAGACCCACUGCACUACUAACAACACUUCCCACACUAGGACCCACAACUGUUCCCACGACAACACAGCCCACCAAAGCUCCAACAAUUAAGUUGAGGUUGGAGAGUGCACACCGACCGGACAGCUGGGAAAUUGGACAUCGGCUACCCAAUGCCGAACCGGGAAGCGAUGAAGAGGCCGGAGAAGUUUUAGAAAACUGGUCCACGUGGAGCACGUGUAGCAGAACGUGUGGCACUGGUACUCGGUAUCGCUUCUCUCGCUGUCGCCCGGGAUCCAAACUAUUGGACUGUAAGACUGGACGGGGGAUCACGGCGCAGACUCAGACGUGUCACCUAAGCGACUGCAAAGCACCGUCACUGAAGUGGUCGGAGUGGAGCAUGUGCAGCCGAACUUGCGGGGACGGGGUUGAGAUGAGGAUGGCUUAUUGCUAUGACAACAAAGAAGUGCCAGGAUGCGAGAGUGGCCAGAAGACUGUGGUGGAGAGACAGAGGUGCCAUAGGAGGCACUGCUAUGAUGUCUGCACCCCAAGCUGCAAGAAUGGUGGCGUGUGCGGUCUGGACAGAAAAUGCAACUGCCCUACAGGUUACCUUGGAGAUACUUGUGAAAUUGAAUUGUGCAGUCAUCCCUGUCAGAACGGGGGUCAAUGUGUGGCCAAGAACUACUGUCAGUGCCCGAGCGGCUUUGCACCACCGAGAUGCACUCCCGUCUGCAACCCGAGAUGUCAAAAUGGCGGGACCUGCGUUGCACCAAACGAAUGUGCAUGCUCGUCUAUGUACACUGGUUCACUUUGUGAGAGAGUUGCCUGCAGUCGACCGUGCGAAAAUGGUGGUACCUGCAUUGGCGCCAAUACGUGUUCUUGUAGGUUGGGAUACCAGGGAACUUACUGCGAGCAAGCAAUCUGCGCACCGGCUUGUUCCAAUGGAGGAAGGUGUGUCCGACCUGGAUUCUGCCGCUGUCCACCCGCUUACAGAGGGCCUACUUGUCAAAUAGCUUACUGUCGCGUAACUUGCCGAAAUGGAGGGCGCUGUUCUGGCCCAGACGGUUGCACGUGUCCCGCCGGAUUUGGAGGAGCUUUCUGUCAGAGACGGUCCAAAACUUUAAAUCACGCAUCCAGAGGGAACCAGCCAAGCCCGCCAGUGCCCUCAAAUUUUGCAAGAACUCGACCAUCUCGUAGGAGGAGGCACCACUGUAAAUUACGGACUUCGUUAGUCACUUACCAGCGGAGUUACGUCAAGCCGGUUGCACGGACUGUGAAGGUGCGAUGUGGCUACUGGCAACCAUUACUUUGUACACAGACUAGAAUGGGUUAUGAGGCUGCCUAUAGAAUCUUCUACCGAAUAUCCUACCGCAGGGAAUGCGCGUCUAACGGACAGUGAAGCCAGGAUGGAAGGCGGGGCGACGACCAAUCACAGAAGGGGAGGGUGUGAAAAUACCAAGCCACAUGUUGGUAUGCCACAAUGCCGAUUACAGUCAACCCGCUGAGUAUUUCGUUACAUGUAGUACUUUAAGCUUUACAGCCGAUUCCUAGACAAAUCAGUUCUGGCCUUUGACUGCGGCCUCACCCUCUCUCGACCCCGCGAAUCGGUACCAUGAGACCAGUCCCUCCGUCAAGACUUCUUCCUUGCCCCUUACUCUCCAAGAUUAUAUUGACCGUUGCUGCGUUUAAACUUAUUAUACGGCAGACUUUGACUUAAAAAAAAUGAAAUGCAUGAUACUAAAAUCUAGUGAAUUGUAAAAUCACACUGUUAAAGGGAAAUGUUUAAUGUAACUUUUUAAAAUUGAACUGGAUGACGUUUUAGACUUAAAGUCUCUUCAUGUAUUAGUCAGUGUUUGAUCUGAUGUUUUUAACUUGUGUUUCAGGGCAUUCUGCAGUUGAUACGUUUUAAUGAGUGCGUUAUUUUCUGAUAGCUUAAAUAAAACUUUGAAACAAUUGAAGUGCCACGGGCGUUGCUGUUAAAUUGCAUGGUUGCAUCUCGUCACGCACGUGGUGUGGCAUUGUUUUUAAGUACCAAGGGGGAAACGAAAUCAAGAAAAACCACCGUGGCGCUAUCUGGUUAUGGAAAGCAACAAUUUUGUGCACACGUUGAUAAUCAGCAGACUUUAAUCUUUUAACGUAUUUUUAACUUUUACAAUUUCUUUUCAGUUUUUACGACUACCACUACAGUCUAAAUUACGAAAUGCGAUUGUCCAUCAAGGCCCUUAAGGACGCACGCAUGUUCCUUGUAAAAUUCAGAUUGACACAAGUUUAGCAAAAAAUACCUUCGAUUGAUUUAGACCUACCUAUUUCGGUUUAAAUUAAUCUUUCAAAAGGGGCAAGUUUUAUUUCAAAACAACAAGUAAAAUAAGCAGCUCAAAGCAACAUGAUUGUAUCUCCAUAGUAUUUACUGAUAUCUAAUGUGUAAUUAAGAGAAUUAUCAAGUAUUUCUAAUCUCAGUAUUUCUGUAAUACUGCGUCUGAGAGCGGGUUUGUUCUAGAGGUUUGAGGCUGGAAUUUCUAUAAAUCUCACAUAUCAAGACAGAUUUGCAUUGAUAAAGUAUGAAUAAUCAUAGGCAAAUUUAUUUGAGCUCUCUCUCUUAAAUCAUAAGCAAGUUGAUAUUCCGGAAGUGUGUUCAACUUCAAAACAAGUGGUUUCUCAUAUCAACUUACACGUGUUUUCCUUCCCAAAGCCUACAGAACUUUUCUUUUGUAGUUACAGUCUAGAUGCGCCUUUGCAAUCAGAACAUGAUUAUACCUAAAUAUAGAAAAUGUUUAGCACUGUUAGUGUUAGAGGUACCGCGAUAUUAACAUUUCCUAUUCUGGCCAAACACUAAGUGGUUUUUUUAGAGGAUUGCUACUCUGUCUCAAAGAGCUAUCUCGGCUUCGAGUCACUCCAACUAGUUUAUUAAGCUUCCUUCUCAUAAAAUUACGACAGAAAGGCAAAGACAUACCGAAAUAAUUACAGAAAUCAAGAAUAUUGAGAGCGUGACUAUUGACAUGACCGCCGAGCGUGGCUAAUUUGAGUUGUCGAAACGCACAUGCAAGAAAUGUAUGCCUACUGUUUCUCAAAGAAUACUGCCCUCUGUUGAGUGUUAAGUCGGAAAAUGCUGACAUCUAUUGACCGAAGAAGAAAGUAAAGAGUCUCGAAGUUGUUAUCGCAUGUCAAACGGUGAGAAUUUUUCUCUUUUCUCCGUUUCUGGUCAUUUUUUUCAGUAAAUGGACCAAUCCCAUUUUAUCCAUUAUUUUGACAUACAGAACUCGAAGGGGAUACCUUCAAACCUAUAUCAUAAGAUUCCUUGUUCCUUUCUGAGUACAAAAAUGUGAAUUUUGUUCCGUUGCACAAAGGUGCAUGCACUUGGGAAUAUUAAGCAUUGAAAAGGAAGAGGACAUUCAGGGUAUGAGAACUGCCGCGACGAUAUUGUUGAUAAGCCGUAACCAGGCACGGCCCCUAAUGGAACGCACUUUAUAGAAUGCCUAAUUGCUGGAGCAAUAUUUGACCUCAAAUUUCAUUAAAGUGAAAUUUUAUCAAAGUCCCCAUUUUCUGUUUCAAAAAUCUUCGUUUUUCUCACCCACUUUAAACUUCCGAUGAAAUUUAGAUUUUGGCAGGAUUUUCUGAAGUGAAUAUGAAAUCUUUUAAAAUGCACCCAAAAAACAUGAAAUAAUUUUUUAGCCAACGUAUGGUUGGGUAUGUAUGUUGAGGAAAUCAUAUUUUAUUAGAAUUUAUCAGCUUUGAAGAACUUCUUAAAAGUUUGUGUGGGUUUUCAGAUACUUUUUCAAAGACUUUCAGUAUGAUGGUGUAAGU